AUGGCAUCGGGCACUCUCCUUACCCAAAGAUGUCCAAGGUGGGCGGGGAGCGCUCAAGCUGCCGCUGUGUUUGACCGAAUCUGUGUGGAAUCGUUUGUCUAUCACGCCUCGGUGAUGAUGGCUUUCGAUCCAUGUCUCGAUGUUUUGUCUGAUCCACAACGGCGCCUUGGGCUCUCGCGUUACUUCUCAGACCCAGUACAUCUCCCCUCUACCAGCGGAGAACCCGAAGUUGUCAACCAGCCGAUCCUCCAUACUUCUUAUGAGUUUUUCCUUCUGAUAGCGGAUACUACCAAGCUGGCCCGUAUACCAGGCCCAUUAAGCAAUGCGGAAUUGGCUAUUCGGGAAGAUCUAGAAUCUCAAUUGUCCCAGUUCGUCCCAGGCAUAAUGACAACCCGGAAUCACGCAGAGAUGUUGUAUCUAUACGCUCUACAGAUCAUGCUCAUGAAAGGCUAUCCAGGAAUAGAUUCCAAGGAAGCGGAUAGAACGAUCAUCACGCAUCUCCAAGGUGCCAUGAACACACUCCUGAUGGUUGACCCUGAACAAUAUUUCGCUAGCUUUUUGCUUUGGCCUCUAGCAAUCUUCGGCGCUGUGAUGGUACUGCAAGAUGAGAUUCAAGUCAUACGGGAUUAUCUCACCAUACUCCAAGAGAUGCGUGCCGGUGGGCAAGCGAAAUGGACAUUGAAGAGAUUGGAGGAGAUUUGGAGAGGGCGCUACCACUUGGACACAGCGCCGGAUCACUGCACGCGGCGAUGGAUAGGAUUGCAGGCUUUCUUGGAUGGUAACAACAGGGACUGA